AGCCUGUUUUCCAUUGUGUGUUGUGGAUGAUUGUUUUCUGUUUAGUGUAUGUUCACCUGGCAGAACUGUUUCAUUUUCGUUUUUUCCUCGUUGUUGUUUUGUGUAGUGUUCAGUUUACCAUUAAAAUGACGAACACUUACCACGCUGCAGUUUGGUCUUCACCUUCUCCAGACGACAAUCGUGACACUGUGUGUGUUUGUACUGCAGGGUGGGAGAUGCAACAAUGGCCUUGAGAACAGCAGGAAGAGUGUUGGUGGUCUUUCUCUGGUCUGUAGCAGUUGUACUGGGUCAGAAUGGAUGGAGUGUGACUUACACCACUCAGAGUAUCUGUACCUUGAAGGGGUCAACAGUAGAGCUGUCCUGCUCUUACACAUAUCCCAGUGGUACAGUCACAACAACCUUCUGGUUCACUAAAUAUGAUGCUGAGGAGAAUUAUGUGAGUCUGAGUGAUGACCCAGACUACAAAGGACGUGUGACGUAUCGUAAGGACGAAGAGAAUGGUCACACCCUGUCAAUCACAGACCUGAGAGAGAGUGACUCAGCUACAUACAAGUUCAGAUUUACAGAUCAGACUGGAGGAUGGAAAUAUACUGGCAUUCCUGGAGUCACUCUGUCGGUCACAGGUCUUCAGGUGAAGGUGACUGGUGGACAUCAGGAUAAGACACUGACCUGUAUCACCACCUGUACUCUGACUGACAACCCCACCUACAUCUGGUACAAGAACAGACACAAAGUAAAGGAGGACACUUCCAGCCUGUACUCAGACUCCUUUAGUGAUGCAGACAGUUACUCCUGUGCUGUAAAAGGGCAUGAGGAUCUCCACUCUCCUGCAGUGUGUGAGUGUUGACUUUGUAAACAACAUUUCAUACAAAUGUUAAUUAAGUGCUUUCAAAUACAAAAAUGUUCAAG